AUGAUAUAUACUCUAACUUCAGAAUAAGCAUAGAUUUCUAUUAAAAUCGAUAAGCCUAGCUAUUAUCCUGGAGAGAUUAUUAAAGGGGUGAUAUAUAUGAAAAUCAAAACAAACGACAUUUAAGCAGGUCUAUUGUAUUUAAAAGUAAGAAUAUAAAUAAAACUAAUAUAGCUUUGUGGAUAAGAGAAAGUCAAUUAAUUAGACUCAUAUAACUAAUUCUUUAGCUUUAAAUAAUUCAUAUAUAAAAAAUAGAAAAAAAUAACAGAUUUUGGGAAGUACAAUUAAACUGAUUAUUAGAAAAAUGCCUAUGAUAGCCUGCAAAAAGUAUUUUGAAUUAGAAGUACCAUCUUUAUAUCCAAGUUUUACAAUUAACUAUUAUAAAAUGGUAUAAUGUAGAGUUCUUUAUUUUCUCUCAGUCAGUUUGUAAAGUGUAGAUGGAAAAUAUUUAUACAAAGUACCAAAAAAAAAUCGGGUUGUAGUUCAUAUAUUUAAAAAAUUGGCAAUUCAAAAUAGUAUUCCAAUUGAAUAUUAAGGAGCUACAAAAAUGGACAAAAGAUGUUGUUUUUCAACAGGGGUAAAGAAAUUUAUAAAUUUAGAAUACAAAAGUAACAAUUUAACUUUAGACAAUAUAAUAUUGUUUUGGAGAUACAAUCUCAUUAAUUUUAUAAGUUGACAAUAAUUAAUCAAAUAUUGCUAUCUAAAAAUUUGAAUUAAAGAUUUCGUCUUAAUUAAUAGUUUUAUACAAAGAAUAAAAAAGAAAAUUAUCUAAUUAUUUUGAAAUCUUCUAAUAAGAAAUAAAUGGUAUGUAAAUUAAUUUAUUUUAGAAUAAAUUAAAGCACAUUCAUCAAAAUAAAUUAAUGCUAAUUUAAUUUUACCAAUAGGAAAGGAAACCAAUAAAACGGCUAUUUUUCCAUAAAGUACAUUAAAAACUAAAAGAAUGAGUUUUUAAUACAUUCUAACUGUGGAUGUAAUUUUUGUUUAACAUCUAUUUGUUAAAGUUGAUAAUCUUACGAUAUCAGUUCCAUUAAUUUUGAUUUAACGUCAAAAGAGAGAAAAAAACAAUAUUAUUUAAUCAAUGGAAAAUAUAAGUAGAAUUGGAUCUAUAGUUGAAACAAACUCUAAAUUAAAUACAAGUUAAUUAAAAAAAUUUAUAUAUGGAGAUCAUAAUUCUGCUGGUUAUGGUGAAUAAGAUGGAUAUGAUGGACCUGAAAGAAAAUAUAAUCCAAUAGAAAGUCUAGAUGAAUCAGCUUUAAAGGAUGUUAAAGGGGCUUUGGAAUAAUUAAUACAUAAGAAAUAAUAUGAAGAAGAUAGUGAAAUUGAUGAAGAUUUCUUAGAAGAAAUAGAAGGAAUAAGCCAUAAUAAUAUAAGUUUCAAUUAAAUAUAGUCAUUUGAAUAAUAAUAAGAAAGAACUAUCUUUAAUUAAAAAUAGAAAAACGAUCUCAAUUAUUAACAUAUUAAUAAUGAAGAAUUCAAAAAAGAAUAUGAAAUUUAAGUUAAUUUGUAAACAAUAAAAGAAGAAUAAGAAAGUAAAGGAACUUAAUAUAAUAUAAAUAAUGGUUUAUCUUCUUCUUAAGUUCGAAAUCAUAAUUAAUAAUAAUAAAUAGAAUAAGAUUAAAAAUAUGCUAAUAAAAAUGGAUUUGAUUAAAUUGAUAUUGAUGAAAUAUCAAAUAAUGAAAAUUGUAUUAAAAAUACAUAAAAAAAUACAAUACUAAAAAAAAAUAUAGAUAGCCAAAUCUCAAAAGAACAAAACGAUUAAAAAGGAUAAAAAUAAUUGAAAGUUUAAUUUAUUGAUAAUACUUCAAUAGAUACUCUUGAUGGCAAAACAGGAGACAAAAUGAAUUCAUAAAAAUAAAAAAGAUGA